AUGAAAAUUUUUUGGCGGACGUUUCAGGUUGAGAAAAUUGUUGGUUACCGAGUACAAGAUGGCAAAGAACUAUAUAGAGUUCGUUGGGCUGGAUUUAAUGAGGAAGAUGAUACUUGGGAACCCUAUGAAAACCUUAAUGAUGCAUGCCGUUUAAUGAUAAAAGAUAUGUUUGGUCGUUUUCCUGAUGAUCUGAAGUUGGACAGCUGUAAACAGUUUAUUCCUAGCAUAAAAUUGCGCGCACUAUUGUGGUCAAAUCAGAUGAAUUUCAAGGGUUUGCCGAGUAAAAAUAUUGAGUACACUGACCCGGACUACAUUGGGAAUAAUCAGACGGUCGUAACCAGGGGUAGGUCCAGCUGUGCUAGAAAAUCACUAGCAAAGACUAAGAAGUCAUCCAGUGUUAAACGUGGCGAGGUUGUUGGGAAAACUGAGGGGAAAGCUGGUAAAGUUGGAAGUGUCAAAAGAAAGCAACGGCUACAAACGGAAAAGUUGCGACGGUGCAUCAGGAGCCACGUAAAAAUUGCCAAUGGGAAGAUUGAACCAUGUCAAAUCUGUGAUCGCUUUCCGAAGCAAAAGUGUUUCUCAGUCUUAAAGUCUGAAGGUAAAGCGAAGCCCCUGAGGGAUAUUCAUGGGCAUAGUGUGACAGAGAGUCGUGGUGAAGAACUUCAUCCUCAAAGUGAGCCUUUGGAAAAAACAGUCUUAGAGGUGAUUGAAACUCAAGACGAAGGGCCUCCAAACCAGAGUGCUGAGCCGGAAAUCGCUGUCGGGAGGAAUAGUUCUGCGUCGAAAAAAAGUGCUGAAGAAAGUGAAAGGAGAAGGAUGAACGAGGGUGACAGCAGUAAUUCAGUAGUAGAUGACCGCUCGAAAAUGGAAGACGAGUUCAUACCUGAUGGUUACGCUAAACUCCCUGUAAACAAAAUUGUUGGUCUGAAGCUUGAAGAAUUAGAGAUGGCUAUAUUCAUGAGUAAAGAAUCUGUUUACGCCGCUGAGUUGACAAAUUUUCAAGUAACCGGAAUUGUUUAUGAUUUUCGGUCAGCUGCUUUGCAAGGAAAUGUUGUUGCUGUUAAAAACUGCCUUCGACAACUUCAAAACAACCCCAUAUUUCCUAUUGACAAAAAAUUUUGCGGAAAAACUCUUAUCUGCGAAAUGAAAUGUGAUAGUACACAUUCUUUCGAUGAUAUCUUGCAAGAAUUAGUACGUGCAGGUGCUCGUUUAGAUAUA